AUGGACUCCCAUCUUGUUCGGACACAGUCGCGCGACCGCGAAAGGUCCCAUGCCUCCCCCGUCUAUCCUCGCCCUUCAUCGAGAUCUAGUACAACUACCAAUGCAACCCGGGCCACUCCUCGAAGCGCAAACAGCUCGACCUCGCACUUUGUCACCUCUUCGCGACCCUCCAGCGCUCACCCCCCUCAUAGAUUCCACCACAGCUCUUGCGCGCCCUCCACCGUGGCCUCCCGCCCAGGUUCCGCUGUGUCGAGAGACAGGGUCUCUGAUUCCGGACGACAGGCCACGGCGGCAUCCAGCUACCUGCAAGACAAGCUGCAGAAGAGAAGGGAGGAGGCCGAGAGACUGGCCGCGGCGCGGGCAGCCCAAGAAAUGAGCGCUUCCAUGGAUCUUCCUGCACGACAUGCACAGAGCUCUCCUGCCAAGGGCGACUCUUCGGACGGGCGCCGGCCUGGGUCGAGUGGCGGCAAUGCAGAUGCCGCAAAGAAGACGGGAUUGGGUGCCAAGGAGAUGGAGGCCACCGUUUCCACGCUGCACAAACAGAACUUUGACCUGAAGCUCGAGCUCUUCCACCGACGCGAACGACAGAACGCUCUCGAGGAGCGCAUCGACGCCCUCGAGGCCGACAAGGCGCAGAUGGACGAAGUGAACGACAGCUUGUUGGACGAGCUGGAGAGACGAGACAAGGCCGUACAGGAGGCAGUUCAGAUGAUAGUGACGCUCGAGGCCCAGGUUGCGACCCUCUUGAAGGAACGGGAAAUGGUGCGGCAGAUCGAUGCGGCCGGCGUUCUGGCUCUCGAAGAGCUCGAGUCUCGCCUCGACGGCCCGACGCCGAGGCCCAGAGAAGCGAACCUAGCCCGGCUCGAGCAAGAUGCCAAGACUCUCAACCGUAUGCCAAGCUUCAUAUCGGAUCGCACCGAGAACACGGAGAACCUGCGCAAGGUCUACCUAAGUUCGCGCGGUAGCCUUCUCAGCUUGCCAAGGCUCGCGGCCGAGGCCGAAGAUGCCGACGCCCGCCGUGUCAACACCAUGACGAGCCCGAGCCUCAGCGUCCUCAGCGAGAGUUCCUUUGUAAGCGUGUACGGCGAGAGGGACGACCAGGACCGGACAGUCAUCGCCAACGCCAACGCCGACGAGACGAACUCGGCGGAUGGCGCCGCGCCCCCUUCUCGGCCUCGCAAACCGUCGUACGACAGUAACCAAUCUGGAGUUUCACGGCCACCUACCACAACGUCGACGAGGUCGAGUCGACCCACCAGAUCCAACUCUGUUGGCCGUACGCCUGGCCCAGGCCAGUUUCAGUCCAUCAACGACAUCAUCGACCACACCUCUCACCUGCAGGCGCUGGCGAGGCUCGACCAUGCUUAUUUGGAGGCGAGGCGGGUUUCUUUGCGCAAAGUGACGACGGACGCGCCGUCCCCACGAUCCGGCGAGCAAGUCUUGCCUCCCACGCCCGAUACCAUUUCCACGUCGACACUUCGCAGGUUCAAGGCGUCCAACGAUACCCUUUCUAAGCAACGAGGAGGCAUAUCGGAUCAGCGCAGCUACCGGUCCGUUUCCGACGGUACCUCCAAGGGCGACGAGGGGGAGCACCAGGGAGGCGCGUCGGUGUCUCAGCAGCCUCCGGCCUCUACAUUUGUGGACCGCAAAGAAAUAUCCGGCCCAACUUCUCUAGACCCGAGCCAGCCAUCGAUCCCUCGCCCUAGAUCAGCAGGCGAAACCACAAUCUCCAGUCACCGGGAUGUCGAUUGGGACUCGGACGGAGACUCUGUUCACUCGCUGGACUCCAGCCUUGACAUCUGGCUGCAGCAGGGCAAAGACCCGAGGUACAAGGAGCAAAACAGAAGCGCGUCUCCGGACCUUUUCAGCUUCCCGACGUCCGCCGGAGGAUGGAACACCCACGCUAUCUUUGGUUCUGCCGGAGGUGUCUUUGACGUCCCUGGCCUUGUGGCACAACACAGCAAUCAUGCGCAAGACCUCAUGUCGGCACAAGAAUCUCUCUUCCCCGACGGAGCCCAGCAGCCUUCACCGCCUAACCGGAGGUCGAGCCUCGGCGCAAAGACCGGGCCGACGUCCUCGAAACACCCUCCGGUCAACGGAAAACUGCAAAAGUCACCCUCCCGGAGCGGAUCACGGCGCAAUAGCGUCGACGCGCAAAUGGUUCAGCUAGCCGAGUCGGUCGCCAACACGACUCACAGUCCAGAGUUGAGACCCGGGACCCGAUCCAAGGAGAGCCACUACCCGCCCUCGACUACAUCGGCGUCUCGUGGACAUCGUCUGAACUUUUUCAGGCGGUCCAUCGGCGGCGGGACGACAACAGCCCAGGUGGAGCUCGUGUCUACGGCGUGUCCGGCGGCCGUGCCACCUCCGUCGGUGGUAGCGACAGUGGGUUCCAUGGGUGUCCCAUCGUGGGUUCAACGGUCCCAUGUCGUUGAUGAGGAUCGGGCCAGCGCGACACCACCUCCCAUAAUGCGGAACCCACGACCUGCCCGCUCUGGCAGCUCUGACGAGGGAGUGCCUCUCAAUAACGGGGUUCCCGCUAUGCCCACAACACCCAUGGCAUCAAUAACGCACGCUUCGCAUACGCCCGUGACGAACGGGACGCCUGCUUCCCCAAAGACGACGCCAACGGCCAACACAGGCAGUGGUGGCGGUCCAUCCCAACAGAAGCGCAAGUGGCUUCCGGGAUUCGGUAAGGCGAGCAGUCUGCGGAACCGUGCUGGCUGA